ACUUGAUUCAAGAAGACGACGUGCGAAUAACGAAGACCAAGUUGUUGCUGGCACAUCCGGGAACAGCAACAGUGCAGGAAAGAAAAGGAAGAAAGACAAAGAGGCACAGGGCAACCAACAACAUCCCAUGGCCAGUAAUACUGCCUCCUCGCCGUUGAUGUCUUCAACACUGGGUACAGCAGUGGUACAGCCACCUGCGCAGUCCAGCCUGACCCUCACAGCGGAGGCUAUAGAGAACGUGAAGAAGUGUAAGAACUUCCUUACGACCGUGGUGAAGCUGGCCAGCAGUUCUAACCAACCGCCUGAGAGGGCCAAGAACGUCAAGGAACUGGUGCAGAAUCUCCUGGAUGCUAAGAUAGAGCCAGAGGAGUUCACCCUCAAACUGCAAACCGAGUUUAAGUCCUCCCCACAGCCGUACCUAGUUCCCCUUCUGAAGAAAACUCUACCGUAUGUCCGACAAGGUCUGGCAAAAAGAGGUGCGAUAGGCGGAAUGCAGAUUCCUCCACAGACCCCGUCCUUUGCACAAGCUCCGGUUGCCAUGACGACGUCGUUGGUGGCGUCCACGUCCAUCAGCCGCCAGUCGGUGGUGGUGACCACACAGAGCCAACACCCACCCAACGUCAGACAACAGGCAGCCAUCAAUACUGCUCAGAUGACGGUCAAUCCUAAUCUUGACUUAGGAACAACAUCCGUGACAUCAGGAGGACUUCCACCUACGACAGCACAAAUCCCCACAGCACCAAGCUUAGGGACCUCACUGCCACCCCAAGUGGCUCGAACGGUUUCUCAGGCAUCUACAGGUGUUGGUGGCUCAUACGGACUCCAAAAUAUGACAGCAUCCACUCCUACUCAACUAAACACAAGGAAUCUUGAACGUAUGCCGCUACCAGCCCCUCCUAUUCGCCAUGUACAUCCAGGCAUGGUCAUUCCCUUUGUACGUCCAAACAGGACAACAGCAUCACCGACACUACCUACUGCGCUGCCACCAUCUUCAGUAACACGAGGAACAACAACUCUUACAACAGGGGAACUUCCAUAUACAACACCACAGAUCCCUACAGCACGGAGGUCAGGGACUGUACCUGUACCACGGCAAGCGGCUCCGACGGAUCGUCAGGAACCUAAUAACGAACAGUUUCCUUACAGUCCGUUAGUAUUUUCAGUGCCUUAUCAUCGCUAGAUACAGGCAGAUAGCUUAGCGAAGGGCAAGUCACCUAGGAAGUAGUUGUUCAUUUCUUAAGUACACUUGUUCUGCCAAAUCUUUAAAUGUUUCAUGGAACAUGUACAUAAUGACAUAUAAAAGGAGGCUAUUUCUGUAUCUAGAUAGAGCAAUAAACCAUACCGUAAACAUAUUCUUUUUUCUACUAAAACUGAAAAGCGAGAAGUUGAGUUUAUCUAAUGAUAUUUUUAUUUUUACCUGUUGAGUGUAUAUGUUCAACAUGUUUUGUUGUGAUAUUUACUUAGCACAGUGAGGCAAAAAUGUGUAAUGAAUGAUUUCAUUCAUUCAUUCAUUAUGGUAUUCAUGGAAAUUGAACUUUUCUGUUACAAAUCAGAGCAUUAACGUGUAGCGCACCGACAAAUGACCUCUUUGUUUACUACCUGUGUGACCUCACCUGCAUCUGACGUCACAGAUCGCUAGGAUACCAUGUCAAGGCGAGGUCACCACGUACGUGUCAAUAGAAAGUGAAAGAGCGUCUGUCGCGUUUUGGCAAUUUUUUACGCAAAAUUGGACUUUUUAUAGGCGCUAACUAUAGUGAAUCGGUAGCAGAAAUGCUGAUAGACCUUACUGUUGGAACAGGUUCCAUUGAAGAGGGUUUGAUUCAUCACGAUGGACCACAAGUUUGUGUUGAAGACUCAGUUCGUGAAAGAGAACUAGUCUAGUCCAACGAGCCGCCAUGUUGGACAACUUUGCAAUGGAUUUGUGAUUACGAAGGACAUUACUGUGGCUAAAAGAAGAUUAUAUAAGACUGGAAGCUCGGUUUGAAAAUACUUGGAAUGCUUGGGUGUAUAAAUCUGAAGAUUUCAGCAUAGAAAAUUAGGUGAGUAACAUGAGAUACAGUGUUACAUGUAUGUGUGCAAUGUAAGGUAGGGUACCCAUGUAAAGUAACGUUAAACUUAGAGGCUUCUAGCGAAGGCAAUGUGGAAAUAGAGUGACUCCCAUGGUCUGUAAUGUUUCGAUUUGUCACUAGAGUAAUCAAUAUUAAGAAG